AGUCUUUUAAACGAGAUACUCACACUUGGGGAUGUGACGGGGUCAAGCCAUAAUACAGCAACUAUAAGGCACGGGCAGACCUUUAUAAACUCAACAACAACAACAACAACAACAACAUCUGAAAGGCCAUAUGAGUGUUCUCGUUUAUCUGGAGUCCCAUCUAGCUCCACUGAAACAACAACAAGAAAAAAGAAACCAUGUUUUGAAUAAGUGUUUAUGAUUUAGCUCAUCGUCAUUCAUAUGAACCAAACAAAUAAAAACAACAACCACGCUAAAACACGUAUGUCGGUGGACGUUCAACGGAAAUCUGCUUUUAGCCCGAACCACGGCAGGAUGGGAUGACAAAGGCAAAGAAUGAGAGAAACCUCUUUCUUAAAAGAAGAUUAAAUGAAGCGUGAACCUGUUACUAGUAUUUCCGUCGUACGAAGUGUCAACGAAUCAUUCUUUUGUAACCGUCUGAUUUAUUGCAUCGGCAGACAGAAAAAUAAACAUCGGUCAAGUGUUUACUGAUUUGUAACGAUACCCAGCGGUUUAUAAUCCUUCUUUAUAAAGUGCGUUGUAUCUGGGGAUUUUUCAAGCAUAAUUCUUUUCGUACUUGUGUCCUAGUUCGUGUUUGUAAAAUGGGACAAUUUACAGUAUGCGUUGUACUAUUUUGCGUAUGUGCGUUACAGGGCGUACACUCGGACGAACAUGGGGCAAAAGUUGUUUACCAGUGGAAUAUUGUGGAGUAUGAAUGGCCGAAUAAUACUAUAAAGGACCAAAAAAUCGCGAGUGGUGCUUACCAGCCUCGGAAUAGUGCAAUAAAUGGAAUCAAACUGUACAAGAAUGACAUUUACGUUACGGUACCACGUCUGAUGCCUGGCGUCCCUUCAACAUUAAACGUCGUAGUGAAGAAUGAAUCAGAUUUUCCUAUAUUGAGGCCCUUCCCCAGCUGGGAGAUGCAGGAGCUUGAAAAUUGUGAGGCCCUUCAGAGGGUACAGAGUAUGGAGAUUGACCCCCAUAUGGGCCACAUGUGGAUUAUAGAUACAGGUUACCGUGCGAACAUGAGCGACAUCGCCAUCAAUCCACUGGGCAAGUGUCCCCCUAAACUGAUCAUCUAUGACCUCAACAAACGUCAGGAGGUACACAGAUACAUUUUCCCACCAACGGUGGCAGGAACUGGCCUCUUCUACCUUAACGACAUCGUCCUAGGCUUUGCUGACGGUAAAGCGCGCUAUGCGUUCAUCUCCGAUACGUUAGCGUACAAAUUGGUAGUGUACGACUACGUUGAGAAUACGUCAUACGCCUACUCGCACCCAACCAUGGUCGCCGAUAGACAAUACAUGAACAUAACGAUUGGAAACGAUACUAUUACUGCUAUAACGGGGAUAAAUGGGAUUGCCAUGUCUCCAGAUUUCAAGUACGUAUAUUACAGUUCUGUAGCCGGUGUGGGACUACACCAAAUAAAGACGUCAGUCAUCGUCAACGCCAAAGGAGACAAUGCCGCUUUUGCCGCCAACGUAAGAACGCUCGGAGAAAAAGUAGCGCCAGGGGACGGACUAGCUUACGGUAGUAACCACAAUUUGUAUUACUCUGCGCUCGGGCCUAACGCAAUCUUCAAAUGGGAGGUAGGAAAAGACGCGGGGUCAGAGCGGGAUUUUGACAAUGUUAAGCUUACAAGUCACAGCGAGCUUGUGUCCGAUUCCAGAAUGCAGUGGGUGGACACCAUGUCAAUUGACGAGCAGGGAUACCUGUGGUACACGACGAGCCGUCUGAAUAAAUUAUUCAGCGAAGCAGGCGUACAGCACACUGAGCCGAACUUCUUCAUUUGGAAGAUCUAUGUUGGUGAACGGAACUACAUGUAUGAUCGCCAUGGGGCUACGCAAGGGGCUGCAGGGACGGUUAUGUCCCUAACAUCGAUGUUGAUCUGCGUAUGCAUGGCAUAUUUUCUGUAAAAAAUCUAUUAAAUGAACCAGACACAGUCCGGAUGUGUUGUAAAUAGUUCGAAGAAUUCGUGAUUGGAGAAUAAAUGAAAAUAUUUUAUUGUUUUACAAUUUACGCAAGCCUUUAUAUAUAUAUAUAUAUAAUGUAUAUAAUGUUCGUACAUGUAUAAUGGAAUUCAUAUCCGGUAUUUUAUCAGGACUCAAAUUACCAUGUAUGUGUGUGCGUGCGUUUGUGUCCGUGAUUUUGUUUGUCUGCGUGUCCUUGUCUGUGUGUUUUUUUCUGUGCGUGUUUUGUUGUAUGCGGGGUCGUUACAGCACACGCCAACAUAUUUAAUUAAAAAAAAACAUAUCUGUAACUCUUGUUUAAGAGUUAACUUUGGUAAAUAACGUUUGUCUAUUUUUGAGAAAAGUUUUCAAUCUUUAAAAUCCUAUAUAUAUGUGCAGCUUUAUUUACUUUUUAAGAUGUCCAUACUAGUAAGAAAUUGCUUCAAAACGAAUGUUUUAAUAAAGAGUUUGUGAAAUCAUAAUAUCAGUAUGUCUGAAUUAUCAAUUGUACUUGUUUUAAACGUUAGAGAGUUGUUUUUACAUAUAUAUGCGUUUCCUUUAAAAAUCACAUAAUAAAUCAUACUGUAUUGGUCAAGAAUGUCAACAUAUAGUUCAAAACAGCAGUACAAUAGUUGACCGAGUUUGGAGGUAGGGAGGGAGUUAUUUUCUUUUAAAACGUAAAUAGAUGAUGCAAUAUUUACGGAUAUUUGAUACCUAUGACCGUUUUAAUAGUCGGUCUUCAGUUUAAGUACAAAAGCUGAUCUUAUUUGUAAAACAUAAAGCGUGACUCUCUCAACUGAGACCACAGUGUACAAUGACUUUUGUAUUUCGUUUCGUGUUGUCUUUGAAAUUGUAUAUAUAUCGUUCCAUAUCGUAUUCAAAAUAAAUAGCUUACAUAUCA